CCCUUCUUUUCACAGCCAGUCUCCGGGUCCCGUCAUGGAUAGCCUCUCCCAGCCCGGCCUCCUCAGUGUCAUUGCAGGAGUUGCCUGCGGUGUGUGCCUGGGAUGGGGCAUUCGGGGGAGGUUCCUCCGGCAGCCCUUGGUGGGAGGCAGCGCAGCCGCCAGCAGCAGCCUGGGCAGUGAAGCCAUGGGAGAGUCCGGGGAGUUCAAGAUGGUGCUGAUCGUCCGCAACGAUCUGAAGAUGGGGAAGGGUAAAGUAGCAGCACAGUGUUCCCAUGCCGCUGUGUCUGCCUACAAGCAAGUGCAAAGAAGAAACCCUGAGCUCCUGAAGCAGUGGGAAUACUGUGGACAACCGAAAGUGGUCCUCAGAGCUCCAGAUGAGGAGACACUGAUCCAGCUCCUGGCUGAUGCAAAACACCUUGGACUGACUGUGAGCUUAAUCCAAGAUGCAGGUCGUACUCAGAUAGCUCCAGGCUCCCAGACUGUCCUUGGGAUUGGACCGGGACCAGCUGAUGUGGUAGAUAAAGUUUCUGGUCAUCUAAAACUCUUUUAACUGGGGACCAAAGAAGUCUCAACACAUUGGUAUGUA